GCUUUAUUGGAUUAUGGAAGCCAAGUACCGCUCUCUAUCUUAGCCAGUAUUCACAAUUUGCAAGAGCCUUGUUCUCUUCAAGAUACUUGCAUUGCUAGAGCAAACGCCACAGGGUUUACACCGCAUACUAACUUACCAGACGCCUUAAUUAAAGUAUAAACGACAAUGGAUGAAUACGAUGAAGGGAAUUAUCCAGAGAGAAGCGAUGGAAAUUUAACAAAUCUUUCACGUAUGGACAGCAUUCAAGAUCCCGGUAAAAAAUUUAUUCUUAAGAAUUGCAUAGGCUCUGGAGUUUGUGGUGAUGUAUAUGAAGCUAUUGAUGAAAGCAAUGGAAAUACAAGAGUAGCGAUAAAAAUUCGGAAAUUAGUCCCUGAAACUCAAAUGCAUAUUCUGGAAGAAUACAAAGUUCUACGGUCAUUUUCAUCACAUCCAAAUCUUCCAGACUUUUAUGGAAUUUAUCGCAAGCGGUCUGGCAAGAAGUGUGACGACGAUCAAAUUUGGUUUGUCAUGCAACUUUGUGAAGGAGGUCCAGUGAUUGAUCUUUGCAGAGGAGUUGUAUUGCAAGGGAAAAAAAUGAGAGAAGAGCACAUUGGUUAUAUUCUAAGAGAAGUUAUUAAGGCUUUGAUACAUUUACAUGAAAACAAAAUAAUUCACCGAGACGUACGAGCUAGUAAUAUUGUUUUAACUAAAGAAGGAGAAGUAAAACUUGUUGAUUUUAGUUUUUCUAAAAUAACGAAAGGAGAACAUGAGAAUCAACAUACUUGCAUUGGUUCACCAUCUUGGAUAGCACCAGAAGUUGUUACCUGCAAAGAUUCUGGAUACAAUUGUAAAGUAGAUGUUUGGGCUAUUGGAAUCACAGCAAUUGAGAUUGCUGAUGGAAAAGCACCUUUUCAGGAUAUGCACCCUACUAGAGCACUUUUUCAAAUUUUACGAAAUCCUCCGCCAUCUCUUUACAGGCCAUCUAACUGGUCUCAAAAUUUUAAUGACUUUAUUAACGAAUGCUUGGAAAAAACACCUGAAAACAGACCGUUUAUGGUAGAAAUUUUGGAGCAUCCAUUUUUAUCUGAAUUACCUGAGAAUGAUUAUACAUUGACUCAAGAAUUAAAAGCACUGGUCAUGGAUGCUUGUCCAAUGGGCAGAAAGAAUAAAAAACCUGAAGUUAUUGUUUAUGAAGGAUUCUUAAAGACUCAUCAAACUGAGCCACUGGAGACAAUGUUAACAGAAGAUUUGUCAGCAUUAGAUAAUCUUACGGAAGACAACAUUCUGAACGAAUUACAUGAAAGAUUAAGAUUAGGAUUUUUCCAUACAUUCGUAGGUGAUAUUCUACUAAUUCUUAAUCCUAAUGAAGAACAGAGUAUUUACGAGGCUAAUUACCAUGCCAAAUAUCAGUGUAAAUCACGAUCAGAUAAUGCGCCACAUAUUUAUUCAGUGGCUGAUAGUGCAUACCAAGACGCACUUCAUCAUGAAGAAAUCCAACAUAUUAUAUUUUCUGGAGAAAGUAAUUCUGGCAAGACGACAAAUAUGAUUCACCUUAUUAAACAUCUUAUGUAUCUUGGCAAGAGUAUGAAUGAUAUUGGGGUCAGACUUAUAAAGGCAUUUAACAUUAUUCACGCAUUCACAAAUGCAGCUACGCCUUUAAAUCAUAAUUCAACCCGAUGCCUUUUACAAACACAAACAACAUACGGAUCUACAGGAAAAGCAUCCGGUGCAAUAUUUUGGAUGUAUCAGUUGGAAAAGUGGCGCAUCUCGACUCGUGACAAAACACAAUCAAACUUUCACAUUUUCUAUUAUCUUUAUGAUGGGCUGGAUUGUUCGGGGAAAUUAAAUGAUUACUUAUUAUCAUCAGGUAGAAAGUACCGGUAUUUAAGAAUAGGAGACAAAAGUUCCGGGAACAAACGUUCGUUUAAAGUAAGAAAUGAUCCCCAGGGAAAUGCUUCGAAAUUUGAAAGUCUCGUAAAAGACAUGCAAUCUUUAGAACUGGAAGAACAUUCUGAUACCAUUUGGAAAAUAUUAUCAGCAAUUUUAAAUCUUGGUGAAAUAAGAUUUGUUGAGGAUAGCAAUGGUGAAGCGGAAAUUGAAAACAUGGAUACUGCAAAUCGAAUUGCAGACUUAUUAGGUGUUGAGCAAAAGAAAUUUACAUGGUCACUAGGAAAUUAUUGUCUAAUUAAAAAAGGAGCAGCGAUAAGAAAAAAGCAUACAUGUGAUGAAGCCAAAGAGGCAAGAGAUGUUUUAGCAAAUACUCUUUACCAGCGCUUAGUUGAUUGGAUUAUUAAUAUAAUUAAUUACAAAUUUUCCAUCUCACGUACGUUAUUUGGAGAUAAAUUUUGUAUAAGUAUCCUCGAUCUCUUUGGAUUUGAAUGCUUUGCAGUUAACAGGAUUGAGCAACUUGUUGUAAAUACUGUGAAUGAGCAAUUACAAUGUCAUUACAAUCAACAAGUUUUUGUUUGGGAAAUGCAAGAACAAGAAGAAGAAGAAGUACCAUUACGAAAAUACCACUACUACGAUAACAAGGAUGCUCUUGAUCAACUUUUAGACAAAAACUAUGGACUAUUUCACGUACUAGACGAUGCUUCAAGACAACAGCAAGACGUUCAAUAUAUUUUUGACAAACUAAAACAAAGAUCGCAAACUGUACAUCUUAAAGUAAUGGGAACUCAUGAAUUUACAGUCGCGCAUUAUACGGGAAAAUUAAUUUAUGAUGCAAGUGAUAUAGUAGAAAAAAAUCGUGACUUCUUAGCUCCAGAAAUGAUUGAAACGUUAAGACUAUCCACUUCUAAUGUUAUAAAAUCGUUGUUCCUCAACCAACUUACACGUUCAGGGAAUCUCACCAUCAUUGUCGAGCAUCCAAACACUUCUACAAAUAAAACACCAAAAAGUAAAUGGGGAGCUGCUCUUAUGCAAGAAACGACAAAAAUUAGGAGGUACAACACUUUAUCUAGGGGACAAUAUUCACAAACAUCUAAAAUGAGAACUUGUGCCGCAGUCUUCCGUUCAACUUGUCUUGAAGUUUUGAAAAAUUUGUCAAUUGGAAGCGGAAAUGGUGGAACACAUUUUAUCAGAUGCAUACGUUCAGAUCUGGAAAAUAACCCUCGUGGAUUUUAUCGAGAAGUAGUUAGACAGCAAAUAAGAGCCUUGGCUGUUCUCGAUACAGCUAAAGCGAAGCAACAAGGUUUUCCGUAUAGAAUACCGUUUCAAGAAUUCUUACGAAGAUAUCAAUUUCUAGCUUUUGAUUUUGACGAGCAUGUUGAAAUAACAAAAGACAAUUGCCGGUUAUUAUUAUUGAGGUUAAAAAUGGAAGGCUUUCUCAUUGGAAAAAGCAAAGUUUUUCUUAAAUACUACAAUGAAGAAUAUUUAUCACGUCUCUAUGAAACGCAAGUAAAAAAAAUUAUCAAAGUCCAAUGUAUGCUAAGAGCUUUUCUUGCUCGAAAGACAAUGGUUUCAAAAUCUACUAAAGUUAAAAAGGAACUGGUGAAGAAAGCAUCGAUAAAAAAGAAGCAGAGUUUGGAGAUGUCACAGGAGGAAGCGGCUUUGAUGAUACAAAAAGCAUACAGGGGACACUCUGUGAGGAAGGAAGUGAAUCCACUUCUGAAAGGGGAUAUGGAUCAGGAGACGAAAGACUUGAUGAUGUUUUACAGCCAAAAGUGGAGAGCGAAGAGCAUGUUCCAAGUCCUCCUACGUUACCGUGCAGCCCGAUACCAAGAUCUGGUCCACUUCUCUCAGCAAGUUCAUCUGUUCAAUCAAGCGACAGUGGGGAAACUACAAAUGAUCAAUGAGCGAACUCCUUUAGAAAGGAUUGACCCCGGUAUCAAAACAUCUUCAUACUUAGGUCCAUUGAAGACACCUCAAGUUUAUAAAUUACCGUUUGAUAUCCAUGAAGAAUUACCUUAUUUUGAUACAGCAUACAUGAAUGACCCCACAAAAAUUAAAAAGAAAGCUGGAUCCUUAUCGCCUUCAACAUCUGAUGACGAACAUGAGGCUUGGGAUGCGCCAUUACGAAGACAGGCUAUCCUUCGAGCAAAUAGCAACAUUCAAACGAGAGACGUUCAAGUUCAAACAACGAAUUCACCUCACCGCGUAACUCAUUCGUCAAACAACGGUGUUCAAAGUUUGAUCAACAUUCCAUUUUCCAGGGAUCCAAAACACCCGGUUUGCUGCCCACCAGAAGAAACAAUCCAAAAUAAAAUGUCUACAGAGUUUCAACCACAAGUCAAGAAUCAUUCCUAUACGAAAUCUUUGUCAGUUCAAAAAUCUCACACAAAUACCUACAAUUCAAGGUCGACUCAUUCAAAGAUAAACACAACACAAUCCCCGAUUUCGUAUAAUCAUACAACUGUAAGUCAGUUUCACUCAAUAAACAACAAUUAUGAACCGAGUUCUCGAAGUAGAAGUAAUAUGGAAAAUGAUUGGAAACAGGAUGAGAGAAAUAAUGGCAAUUUUGGAAACAUUACUCGUGUAAAUCCAAUUCAAGAACUGCAAAUGCUUGGUCGAAGAGGUGACAAUAACAACUCUGAUGACGAUCCUCCUUUUAAUUUUCAGGGAAUGUUACGGAAAACUCAUCAUCAACGAGCGUCAAUGAAGCGAACUCCGAUUUUCGAAAGUUACAAUUCCACAUUAGCUGGAAACACAUCGAAUUAUGAAAAGGAUUUCUCAUCUAGUACUAACGCAAAACACAAUUUCAGUAGAAAAGAUUCACUAGAAUGGAGUCCAAAUGAAAUGGUUCAAAUGUCUGAAGAAUAUGGGAAAAACAGUAAUUGGAAAGAUGACAAAAAUAUAUUUAAAAAAGGAAAACCAAUUACCACAGAACUAGCGCCUGGAAUAAUUGUUCAAGGGUUUAUUACUGAAUUAUAAUCCACAAGAUUUUCACAGUGAAUUGUUUAUACAGCUACUGUAACAUUCUAUUAAUUGUCUACCAUAUAUUUACCAAUUUAAACUAAAUUUUAAUAAUAUUUAAUCUAGUUAUAACAAUGUAUGAUUUAGAAAAUUAAACUUGAAAUAAUUCAUUGAAA